AUGACCAACGAGAGUACAGCUCUGGCAAACUCCAAAUGCAAAGAGUCACUCGAGGAGCUAUCCAAGCUUACUGACAACUUCUUGUCCAUGACAAAAUCUCCAAAACCAAGCCUACCAUCUCUCCCUAAUGAACUCCUUCUCGAAAUCUCAAAAUACAUGAACCAAAAAACCCUACCAAGAUUCAUGCGAGUAAACAAAAACCUCCACAUUCUCUUAGAAACCCCUCUCUACAUCCUAAACAACAGACGGAACUGGGGGCUGGCCCUAGACUGGGCCUUGAAAAACGGGAACACCACAGUAGCCCACAAAGCAAUCAAAGCCUGCACGAACGGAAUCUUCUGUUCCAGACGGGAACAUCUAGGUCGAGCUCUCGUGGACGCCGUGCAUCUAGCUUGCCAAACAUGGCCAGCACCGUCAUCGAAGAAUUCCAUCGCUAUCGCACAACUGUUAAUGGAAGGAGGCGCCAAGAUGCGCAACCUCCGACAGGUCCCCCGAACUGUACCCAUCUUCGAAGCUGCGAUGACAGGAAUUACCGAGCUAGUUGAACUUCUGAUUGCGCAUGGGUCGCCUUUGGAACCGCCUAUUUGGUCUUAUUGUCCGGAACAUGCGGGUGUUUCGCCGCUCGUGCCGGCAACUAUAGGUGGUCAUAUUGAGAUUGUGGAGCUUUUACUUGCUCAUGGUGCUGAUGUUAAUGGGCAGGCUUAUUCUUCAAAGUCACCUUUGGAUUAUGCGUGUGAGCCUGGGUAUGCGUACCCUGAGAUUAGGAAGAUUUUGAAAAAGUAUCAAUUACAGACGAAGAAGCGGAAUAUUGUUAGACGGUAUUACUCUUGA